CACACACAAGCUGGUUGGAUUCAUGCUGGAGUGAAUUGAGUGGGUUUUUAACUUUAUUGAUCUUUAAUUGGAUUUUGAAAUGCCUCCUAAAAAAGUUUCUGCAGCGCCAACUGCCACAAUCCCAAAGGAUUCUGAGAAUGAAACUAGUGACACAAAACCAGAUGCUCCCGAAAGCUCGAGCACUAAGGCCACUGGACGCAAGGUUUCUCCGCACCCAUCCACCAUGGAGAUGGUGAAAGAAGCUCUGAAAGAGUUGGACUCCAGAAAGGGUAUUUCAGCUCAAGCAAUCCGUAGCUACAUCAAGGAGAAGUACAAGACCGUGGAUGAGACCCGGCUGAAGUUUAUGGUGCGGAAAGCCCUGAACAAAGGCAUCGAGACUGGUGUGUUUGUGAGACCUGCGAAUUCUGGGGCAACGACGACAGGUGCUCAAGGGCGCUUUCGGAUUGCUGCCAAGACCAAAGCAAAGGAGGCGAAGGUGCAGUCAAAGGAAAACGCUGAUCCAAAUGUGCAGAAAGCAUCCAAACCUAAGAAAGCCAAGGCAACUAAAGCCAAGGGUGAAGGGACAAGCAAGGAAAAGAAGUCCACAAAGAAAAAGGAAGCCACAGAUGAUGCGAAGCCUAAGACGCCUGAGAGCGAUGCCACUGCCUCAAAGGUGGCCCCUGCUAAGAAGCCAAAGGUGAAGAAUGCUGCAGGGGAGGGUGGACCGGAGCCCAAACCCAAAGCUAAAAGAGCCUCUAAAGCAUCAAAAGAAGGAGCUGAGGAACCAGCCGCUAAGAAAGGAGGAAAGAGAACUGCAGCAAAGGCAGAAGAGGGUGAAUCUGGAGAGAAAGGUGCUGUAGCCGCUGCAAAAGCCCCGGGGAAACGAGGAAAAAAGUGAUGCGCGACCUUUUUACUGUUUUUACUCAUUGUGUAGUGACUUUUAUUCAAGCACUUGUAUACCAAAUAAAGCUUUUUACAUAUGUUCAA